CAUUCUUCGACUCGUCCAAUCAGAUACCAAUCCCCCUCGCUGCGUCUCAAGCUAUCUAGAAUUUUCCGUCAAGAUGCCUUUGACUGGACACUGUCUCUGUGGUGCUGUUACCUACAAGGCCGAGGUUGACCAGCCCCUCAUUACUGCCUACGACCACUGCGAUGACUGCCAGCGUCAGACCGGUUCUACCUACUCUCUCGUCGCUGUCGUCCCCAAAGACACCUUGACCAUCAACGGCCCCACCAAGAGCUUCGCGAAGAACGGAUCCUCCGGCAAGGCUGUCCACCGUAUCUUCUGUUCCGAAUGCGGCUCGCCCAUUGCUCACGACCCCGAGGCCGCUCCCCCAAUUAUCGCUCUGAAGGCCGGUACUUUGGACACUGAGAUCAAGAAGAACUUGAAGCCUGACACCGAGAUCUGGACCGUCGGCAAGCUUCCCUUCUGCCAGGAGCACCUGGAAAAGCCCUUCGAGCACAUGCCCCAGUAAACGACGAUGGAGACGAUUUAUGAAUGGACGAUACCAGUUUAUUAUACGAUAAUAUAGGAAAUUGAAUACUUUUGGUCCCUCU